AGUCGGCGAUCUCCUGCAGUUUUCGGCCGGGAGGUUUUUCGCCCGUCGCCCAUCUCUUCUCCCGGGCUGGCCAGAGAGGCAGACGCGCGUUUCUUUCGCCCCGAGCGGAAUUCAGAGGAUCCGAUCAAAGCAAGUUUUCCCUUCCUUUGCAGAGGUCUAUAGAAUACUGCUGAAGAGGAUUGUUUGAAUACUUGGAAGGGUAUUGUUUGUGCACCUCUCAUUUCCACCAGGCAGAAAAUGGCUAAGAGUCCUACCGUUCCUUGGCUCAUGACACCAUCCCUCCUCCUCUUCCUGACUCAUGGCAUCCACUGUUUCUUCUUGCCCAAUGCCACCCAUUUGGAAAACAUCCUUAAUCGAUACCAAGAUGAGCAACCGCACUCAAGGGCCAAGAGAUCAAUUUCCAAAAAUGACCAAGACGAAAUCCUGAUGCUUCAUAAUAAAUUGAGAGGGGAAGUCUACCCUUCAGCAUCCAACAUGGAAUACAUGAGAUGGGAUGAAGAACUGGAGAGAUCUGCUGAAUCUUGGGCUCACCAAUGCAUCUGGGACCAUGGGCCUGCCAGCCUCCUCCCAUCCAUCGGCCAGAAUUUGGCUGUUCACUGGGGAAGGUAUCGUUCUCCGAGUUUCCACGUCCAGUCUUGGUACGACGAAGUAAAAGAUUACACCUACCCUUAUCCCCAUGAAUGCAACCCUUGGUGUCCCGACAGAUGUACAGGACCCAUGUGCACACAUUACACACAGGUGGUCUGGGCUACAACCAACAAAAUUGGCUGUGCCAUUAAUGUCUGCAAGAGGAUGGACGUGUGGGGAGAAGUGUGGGAAAAUGCGGUGUAUUUGGUCUGCAACUAUUCUCCCAAAGGCAACUGGAUUGGGGAAGCCCCCUAUAAAAAUGGAAGAUCCUGUUCUGAAUGCCCACCGAGCUAUGGAGGAGGGUGUCGGGCUAACCUCUGUUAUAAAGAGAAAGUAGUCGAAAAACCUGAGACGGAUCGGACAAAUGAAGUGGAGUUACAAAAGGUUCCUGACAAAACGCAGCCCAAACCGGUAAAACCUACAAAGGAAAAGAAACCGACGGAGCUGACCUACAUGACUCAAGUGAUCAAAUGUGACACCAAAAUGAGGGACUCAUGUCGAGGAUCCACAUGUAACAGGUAUCUGUGCCCAGCUGGUUGCUUGAACAGUAAGGCGAGAGUAUUUGGAUUCCCCAAAUAUGAAAGUGCAUCCAGCAUAUGUCGAGCAGCUAUUCAUUCCGGAGUAUUAGAUAACAGAGGAGGCCUAGUAGAUAUUACUAGGAAAGGAAGAUCAGACUUCUUCGUAAAGUCUGUAAGAAACGGAGUUCAGACACUCAGCAAAUACAAACCUUCCAACGGUUUUGCUGUGUCGAAGGUGACAGUGCAGACUCUGGAUUGUUACACCACAGUAGAGGAACUGUGUCCAUUCAAGAAGCCAACUACUCAUUGCCCAAGGUCUUACUGCCCAGCUUACUGCAAAAAUGAGCCAAACCACUGGGCUACAGUAUACGGCACAAACAUAUAUGCAGAUAAUUCCAGCAUCUGCAAAGCUGCCGUUCACGCGGGAGUCAUCGGAGACAGUUCUGGUGGUUACGUUGACGUGAUGCCGGUCGAUAAGAAGAAAGUCUACAGCGGAUCCUUGAGGAACGGGAUCCGAUCUGAAAGCUUAAAGGCUCCCAGGGAAGGAAAAGCUUUCCGAAUCUUUGCUGUGAGGCAAUAAUUUCCCCAAAGACAGCAAGACUCUUUGUGGAGAGAGACUGCAGCCUUGUGUGUCUCUCCUUGGUGAGAGAUGUUUGCCCCACCUUGGACCGCGACGAAGCCUUCAAAAUCCAUCUUCUUUUGGAGGGAAAAAAAAAAAAGACGGCAGCAGGACUCGGAACUUUCUGUGUCUCGACAACAUCUGCUCAAUGUUUUAUUUUCGGACUGUUGUUGUUCCACUUCCAAAUGUUUUGAACCUUCAAGAAGAAGGAAAAUGGUUCGAGUUUAGGAAAGAAGGUGGUUGAAAAACUGGCUUGCCCCACCCUGUUCAUACAAACAAUUUUGCCCCCCAAAUAUUAGAACCCCAUUGGGAUUCUCGUAAAAUACUACUUCCAGGAGGUGAAUGUUUAUGUGAUCAGGAGGCUUUGGUUGAGAACAUAGAAAGCAUUUAGGUCACCCCAAAGGCUAAAUUUUUGAAAGAGUGGGUCAAAGUCAAGAAUGUAUCUGCAACCCAAGUCACCUUGUGAUAGAUAUCUUGAAUGGUGGGGUGAUUUAGGAAAGGUUUAGACCACACUAAACAAGUAACAUAGGUUUCUUUUGAUGGAGACUGGGAAAGAGGUAUUGCAUUUCCAGAAAAAGACUCUGUUUUUGCAAAAGAAUGGAAAGCUUGCUAAUGCUCUCAAAAGAAAACUUAAAUGGAAUAAAUAGGUUUGCUGGCCAAACAAUUGCAGGAAGUUAGGAAAACGGGGUUCAUAUCACCAAAUUCAAUGCUUGGGACCCCUGUCUUGGCACAUUCUGAAUCAGAGGUGGGUAUCAGCAAGUUCUGACCAGUUCUGGAGAACCGGUAGCAGAAAUUUUGAGUAGUUCGGAGAACCGGUAGUAAAAAUUCUGACUGGCCCCUGCCCCCAUCUAUUCUCUGCCUCCCAGCUGAUCGGGAGGAAAUGGGGAUUUUGCAGUAUCCUUCCCCUGGAGUGGGGUGAGAAUGGAGAUUUUACAGUAUCCUUCCCCUGCCACGCCCAUCAAGGCACCCCCACCAAGCCACAGAACCGGUAGUAAAAAAAUUUGAAACCCACCACUGAUUCUGAUUCAUUGCAUGUUAGUUAGCAUUGUUUUAUUUACAGGUGAAUCCAACUUAUUUUAUUCAGCGGAGCUGUGCUAGCUUAGCUAAGCAAUGGUUGCAGAAAGUUUUAUUUUGUUUUAUUUAGUUUAUUUUGCUGGAAUUGACAAA